AGCCCCGCACGGCGCGGGCGGGAGGCGCGGGCCCCGGGCGAGCCGGUCGCCACGGCGACGCCAGGUGCGUGUCUGCCCGCCCGCCCAGCCGCCAUGGGCCCCAGGCGGCCGAAGGCCAGCGAGGGCGGCUCGCCGGGAGCCGAGGUCAAGAGCUGGGAGGCUGCGCUGGUGGCCGCCCCCUUCGAGGAGGAUGCCUGGAAGCCAAGCAUUGCUUUUAUUGUUGGGACUCAACCUGAGGAUGAAAUCCAUACCAAGGCUCUGGCUCUGGCUGUGCAGUUGCCCCUGCGGAAGCUCUUCAGUGUGGUGGCACAGGAUGACAUUCUCAGACAGGUCAGAGAAUCUGGGAAUCAGAAGGGCAAAAAGGCUAAAGGCAUGCCUCUGUACUAUGAGGUGAUAGAAGUAGCUAAAGCCAUUCUGGAUGGUGGUGAAGAGAUUCCUGUAACACUAACUGGAAAGCUGUUGAAAUUUCAACUGCUUUUCCUGAAACAGAAGGACAUUCAGAGAAGAGAAGCAGAAAAGAAGGCAGAAGAGGAGAGACAGAAAGAAAAAGAUGGAGGAAAAGAGAAAGCUAAACCUGAUGGCAAAAGGGAGAGCCUCCCUAGUGCAAAGACAGCUGAGAAGGAGAGGAAAGCAGCCCCCUCAGCAGCAGUCCCGGUUAAAAAGGAGACCAAGCUGAAGCGACGGGGAGAAGUGGAGGAGGAAGUCAAAUACAUUGAUGAUGAACCAGAUGAUGGUGCCCAUCAUUACUUUAUCAUUUUGGGUUUCCACAACCCUCAGCUGUUGCCUGUGCUGUCUGAACUUGGGAUCAACGUUUCCAGUGUGAUUAGAAUUUCUUCUGAGAACUACAAGACUUUGCAGACAUACCUGGAAACAACUGCACUUCAAGGAGCAUCUUUGCUUGCACUCGAAGAAGCAGAGAAAGGAAAGAAAGAUGGAGCUAGCCAGGACCUGGAAACAUUUUGGAAAUACCUGGAGCCAGUUCUGAGCAGUGGAAAGCAUGGAUCAAGUCUCUUUAAUGUUGCCAGAUUUCAUCACGUAGUUAAGGAGAGUGUCCUUCCUCCUGACUGGUCUGACAGAGAAAUGCUGGUUGAGUUUGGGACAGUGCUGUUCCAGAGCAUUGCUUGCUUAAUGUAUGACUGCCUCGACUGGAGAAGACAGCAUCUCAACUACCUGAAAAACACCAAGUUUAUUAAUGUGCCUGCAGUAUCAGAGAGCAAAUCCACACAGCCAGCUCUCACGGAGGUUAUUGCAAGUGAGGAAGACCUCACACCACCCAGCCUGGUGGUCCCAGAGCCUCGGGCAGAUGGGCUCCAUCAUACCAUUGCAGAGCACAUAGCUUCCAUCCUUCCUUCUCUGGCACUUUCUGAGAGUGAAAAGAAGGAUCUCUACCACUACUUUUCUCCUCAGUACAGUGGCAGACAGAUUGUUAGCCCCGGGUACCCUGUCUUUAACUGCCAUGAUACCCGGGCUCAGCGGCUGCACACGUUGAAGGUCCAGGGUGACUUAAAUCCAGAGAAGAUAGAACGCGAGAUGAUGGAUAAACUGCCUCUUGCAGGGCUUGUCCGUUUCGCUCUUCCCUCAGCUGAAAGCAACACCAGACGCUUGGCGAGAGCACACGAGCUCAUGCACUAUUGCACCAGUGAACUUCUGAGCUGGGCUGAAGUAGAAAGAGCCUUCAGAGUGUUUACUUUUGAAAGCCUGAUGCUGACUGGGGUGAAUGACUCUGCUUUCCUGGAGAGCUCUGGAUCAAUGGUGGGAGGUCACUGUGAAGUAUCCAAUAUCCCUUGGGAUAAUCCAGCCAGGUUUGCAACACAGCUGAGACAACUCUUCCUCAGUGGGAAGUCUCCAGGAAGCUCUGGACAUACAGAAACAAUUGGCAAGGAUGGAGGAAAAGGCCUGGCUGAUCCUUAUUGGAGCAAAGAGUCACAUCUCUCUACUUCUGAUAUGGUGGAUUUGGAAAAUGCUGGGCUAGGACUGAAGUUAGAAGAUCUACAAAAGACCCAGAGGCGCUGUUUGACCGACUGGACUUUCGAUGAGCAUUUCCAACCACAUGUUCUUCUUCAGGUUCUUCAUACUGCAUCCCAAGAGUACAGAUGUAUUGAUUCCUUCUAUCAUGCUCAAGAUAAUUCCUUGCUUGUGGUUCUUCACAAUCCUAGGAAUCAGCAGCGUUUGUGCCAGGAGACUUGGGGUGUUGCACUGCACUCCGAUGUUGGAUUCAGGAACUAUCUUGAGAUGGUGGCCGACUCAAUUGACGACUGGGUGAAAGAGGAAGAAGUCAAAUAUCAGCAAGAAAAGAUGGCUAAGAAACUAGAAUCUCUUAAACUGGAAAAAGCCAAUGCAGAAAGACCUUCAGAAUUGUCUGCAGCUACUGGCAAAAGCCCUGACUUCCCUAGGAAAGCCAAAAGCAAUGCAUCAGGACCUGAAACCGUAACAGAGACUGUUCCAGGAUCUCAAUCCAACAAUGAAGAAAGGCCUUUUAUUAGAGAAGGUUCCCUAAAGGCUUGGAAAAAGGAGCAGGAGCAAUUCCUGAAAGAAGAACAACUCAAGGAAGAAAGAAAAGGGAAAAAGGAAAGUUUGGAAGGUAAAAAGAGAAGACAAGAGGUGAUUGCACAUGAAGAAAGCAAAGAUCCCUACAAGAAAGUUUCUGAAGAGAAGUUUAAAGAUGAGGCAGCAAAAGCUCCUGAACUUCAGAAGGAUCCCAGGAUCCCAGAGCCACAGUCUGAGGAAGUUUAUAAGUUUCUUGGCUACAACACAGGGGAGAAUCUUAUUAAAGUAUCAGGAACCAAUCAAUAUCUUUUCCCGUCUGAUGGAGGGCAGAUUCAAGUCGAGAAGAUAGAGUUUGUAAAAGGUCUGACUUUGGUAAAAGUGAAAGUGGCAAAAGACAGCCACAGCUUCUUCAUUCAUAUCACAGACCCCAGGGAAAACUCAGAAGAAAUGGAGGUGCAAGAAAUCAGUGAAGGACAGAAAACUGCAUCAGGAAAAAGAACUACUCAGAAGACAGCUGUGAGCAGGUUUGGAUCCUUUUCAGCCACCUUGGCAAAUGGAAUCCAGCUGUCGCUGAGCCGUUACGGACCUACAGGGAGGGCAGCAGAUGAUGAAACUGAUCCUAUCCUAGAAAACAUCCUGAGCAUCCCUUCUGUUCAUGUUCCGAGCGCAAUUCCUCUCGGUACACCUGCUUCAGGAAAGAAGGAGAAGUCCAGCAAACAAAAACCAGGCAAGUCUCUGCCAUCUGCCAAGGCCAGCCAGAGCAAAACAGGCUUUCCACCACCUGAUGACCUGCUAAAGCAAGAAGAAAAGAUGGAGCUGCAGGGAUCAGCUUCCCAAACACCAGUGCCGGCAGAUCCUCGCAGCUUCCCGAGUUUGAACGUCUCGUGUCCCAGUGGACUGGUGUUAACUUUCCUUGCUGAGAGUGUUGGAGAUUUGGAAGGUGAAGCUACUGCAGCUGAAGGUGAGAAAGAGGUGGUAAAGAGAAGCCAGGACAAAGCAGACAAAGCCAAGGAAGAGGCGUCCCAGAGUGGCGAAGGCGAGGCAAGUGAAGCAAAGGAGGAAGGAGUUAGGGAAAGUGAAGAGAAGGAGCAUGCUGCUGCAGGCUGUGCCAUGAAGCACAAAGACACAAAGGGAGAGCAAGCCAGGCAGCCCACUCGGGGCAUUCUGGUUAGGCAGAGUUACCCCCAGAGGGUGAAGAACGCUCGUCUGUAUAUGCCUGUGUCAAGACAGUCGGGACAGGAGGUGUCAAGAGUUGUCACCAGUCAAGGAGCUGUGAUAAAGCACAUGAUGGAUGGCUCUACCCAGAUUCUUUUUGCUGAUGGCACAGUGAGUAGGAGUCCUGAUUCUGGUCCGGUUCUGCCACCACCUGCAAUUUCAGGUGAACAGUUACCAGAACUGGAGCCUUCAGCUGAGAGCAUCACUAAGAAAGGAAAAGACAGUGACAAAACCAGUGCAAGCAAGGACAAGUCAUUUGAGAGUCCUGUGAAGGGUCUGGCUGAUUCUGAGCAGCAUCAGGAGAACCAGGCAGGAACCUGGAUAACAACAACUCCAUCAGGCUUUCAAGUGGGCACUGUGGGAGCAAAGAGAAUGGAUCUGCAGCCACUGUUAACCUACCAGGCGACUGACCCAGCUGAUGGAACAACUGUGACUGUACGAGACGAUGGAGUGGUGACUGUGGAGAAGCUGGAUGGCAGCAGAGUAGUAGAGCAUGCUGAUGGCACAAGGAUCACGACUUUUUAUCACCCCUGUGAAGAGCUUUUUGUGCCAGAAGGUAGAGAGGAGACAGCCCUAGGUGAGCGCCCGGCGGCUGCCCGGCGGCGCGUGCAGGGGGUGCAGGUGCAGAGCCCCGAGUUCGCGACGCUCACCGUCAGCCCUGGGGACGGGGCCUGCGCUGCCACCUUCGGCGAUGGCACAUCCGUGAGGGCAGAGCCACAGGGAACCUAUCAGGUUUUGCCCACCAAGACAGGCUCUCUUUUCAUUGACAAAGACUGCUCAGCUGUUUAUACCCAUGAAGUUUACAGUUCCAUCGGCAAGAAGGAAGAGCAACAAGCAGGGAGAUACAUUAUGAGACACACUUCAGGCACUAUUUGCCAGGUGAUGGACCCUGAAGGAAAUCUGUUCAAGGUCAUGGCUGAUGGCAGCACAUCUGUGCAUGUUCCUAGCACUGACUUGGGUGGCCAGGAAGAUGCAAGUCCAGCAUCAAAACUCCCAGAUAAAUCCAUAGCUUACGACGAGCAUAUCCCCAGGUUCUUCAUCGUCUAUGCGGAUGGCUCUGGAACCGAGCUCCUGCGGGGCAGGGACGUACACAGGGAGCUGGCCGAAGCCUGCAGUGACCCCACUGUUGCCGUCCUGCAAGAGCCUGCACAAGAGCAUCCAGAUGUCCUGUGUGUCACUGUCCUCCGCCCUUUGCCUGAAGCCUCUCCCUGGGUAAGGAAGAAGGAACCAGAGAGUAUUGUUCCUCCCAAUCUUCAGUCACAGACUCGAGACACAUUUCCUCCUCCUGAGAAGGUCAUCACAGCUCCCUCAGUCAGGAGAUGGGGUUGGAAGGGACUCUGCAUUGGAUCCAAAGAGCAGGCCUGCUUGCCACCACCUGUGCAGAGAUGUCCUGAUAAACUGCAGAUCCGCCAGCUCUUCCAGUACAAGCCACUCAGCCAGGAGCUACGGGAACAGCUGCAGCUUUCCCUCAAGGAGUAUAUAGACAGCAUUUUAAAGCAGGAAAAUGAUCUGGAAAGGAUGACUGUAAAAGAACCGAGAACAGAAGAGGAAAAGGAGAAUGCUGCAAGUGUCCUUGAACUGCUUAUGUCCUUCCCUAACUGGGAGCAAUCAUCUGAAGACCCCAGUGCUAGAGCUCGGAUAACGGAGCUGUACGAACAGGCAGUGGCUGCUGACCCCCAGUGUGGCACAGCGAAGACAAUGAGUGCUCUAACAGAAGACCAGGAGCAGAGCUUCAGCCCAGAAGGAGCAGCACCAGAGUCCAAGUGGCAGAGCAGACUAGAAGAGCACAGGAGAGAGCUGGCUGAGGAGAAGGAAUCCCUGAUGGCAAUAAGAAACAAAGUGAUGCCUCCCUACUUCGAAUCGGAACUCAGCAAGGGCUUCUGCCUGGGGAAGUUCCCUGAUGUGGAAGCACUCUCUAUGGAACUUCCUCCAGUUCAAACAAAAGAAAGUGGAAGUUGCACUCCAGAUAUGACCAGAAAGCCCAGCAGAGCAUUUGGAAGUCUCAGUUCCACGAGUGAUGCUUCACUUUCACCUGGCCUUCUGCUGCAGGCUCAUUCCAAACAAACUGAAGAUUCCAGCAGCACCACAGCCUCAAACCAACAGAAGCAGAUUGCAAGAUCACAAGAGACACCCUUCCAGCAUAAAGUUCAGAGUCUGCUGGUGAAUGCUGCAGGCCAACCAAGACAAGGGAAGGUGGCCCUGCCAUCCUGCCUUCAGGGGAGAAAACCAAGCUCUAUACCAAAUGAAAAGGUAGAAGAUCCUGUCGCAGGAAAGGUCCACACAUCUUCCCUUGCAACAACCAGAGAGCAGCUUAGUGAUUUCCAUCUCAUUCCAGCCAGAGUGACAUUUGGAGUACUAAAGGAAGGCUGCACUUAUGCAGCAACUGUGAUCUUGAAGAAUGUUGGUGUGAACUUCCUAAGGUUCCGUGUGAAGCAGCCCCCUCCACACACAGGACUCAGAGUGAGGUACACGCCGGGACCUGUGGCAGCAGGCUUGCAGGUUGAACUGGAGAUAGAAAUGUUUGCCAUGCUGUUUGGAGAGGACAGUACUGGUGGCCUUGAAGAUGUUUCCCAUGACAUUGAAUUAUUGACAGAAACAGCAACUCUUCUCCUGCCUGUGAGAGCAAAUAUCCUUUCCAGGGGCCUCUACGAGUGCCGCCCUGAAGGGUACCCCCAGGGCGGGAUGGCAGCCGCAGUCCGGGCACUUGCUGCCAGCGCCAGGCCACGGCUGCGGGUCGCGCUCCCCGGGAAGCUGUCUGUCUAAGAGUCCCUGGAAGAGGACCAUGAUCAGUAGUACUGAAAUAGCUGAAUUUUAGUCUGAAAGGGUGGAAAUGUCCCUAGUGUAGACCUUUUCUUUAACCAGAUUGACGGGAAUAAAUACUUCACCUUGCCUCCU